AUGGCAGUUAAACGUAUUCAUAAGGAGUUUCUAGACUUUACAAAAGAACCUCCAUCUUUGUGUAAUGCAGGUCCAAUUGGUGAUGAUCAUCUAAAUUGGCAAGCUACAAUUACUGGACCGCCAACUACGCCAUAUGAUGGAGGAGUGUUUUACUUGAAUAUCAACUUUCCAGAAGCGUAUCCAAUUAAACCACCUAGAGUCUGGUUCAAGACAAAAAUUUAUCAUCCAAAUAUCAACGAUAAUGGAGGUAUUUGUUUGGACAUUCUUCAGAAAAAGUGGUCGCCAGCUUUAACUAUUUCUAAAGGUAAUUUUGGAUGGAUUACUCCAAUUGAGUUUGAACGGUUGGCAUACAUUUUCCCUGGACCACAUUUUCGAUUCAUAACAUUAGAGAACCAUUCUUAA